AUGAUAGGAGAUUUAAUGAUUUUUAUAUACAUUUUCCAAGUUAUUCGAGCAAGACCUAAUGGAUUCUUUAAAGAUAAAAGUAUAGUUUGUGUUGAUCAUCAUGCUAGCCACGUCUAUAAUGAUGUGAUUAAAGCAUUGAAUAGAGAAGGUUUAGAUAUUUUGGAUAUACCUGGUGGAAUGACUAGAGUUUUACAGCUAUCUGACGUUUUAGUAAACAAACCUUUUAAAAAAAGUAUGUAUUUAGAAAAUGAGGAUAAAAAUAUAAUGAAUAUAGAUACAGAUGAUAUAGAUGCAGAUACAGAUAGUAUGGACACAAAUAGCAUGGAUAUAGAUGAUAUAGACGGUGCAAGCAAAUGGCACACUGCAGAAACAUUUAAAAUAACACCAAAGCAACUGCACAAUGCAAGCGAUAAUGAAAGUAUUGUUGAUUUAACCCUAAAUAAUAAUGACAAUAAUAACGAAGAUGAUAGUGACAGCAAUAGCUUGAACGAAGAAAACAAAAGUGAUGAUAAUGAAAAUUACUUGAAUGAAGUUGAUGACUUGAAUGAUCAAGAAGACCACGAGGGAGAUACUUAUUAUGAAGAUGAAACAAUAGAAUAUAUUAAU